AUGACCACCCAAACCCCACCCCUCCCAUUCCGCCUCAUCCCCGCAACGGAAGAUGACUGUCCCACCCUCGCCAGAAUAGAAGCAACAGCCCUCGCCAGCACCAAAAACGAACCCGUCAAUGUCCUCUGGUACACCACCUUCGGCCCACCAACAGAAGAAGGCAUCGCCUACCGCGCGCAGAAUUUCAGCGACGCAUUAAAAAGCAGUCCCUCGAACAAGAUCUGGAAAGCAGUUAUCGCCGACCCAGACUCGCCCACCGGAGAGAAAAUAGUCGGCUUUUCACUAUGGUGCUUUUAUACCGAGCCUGAGUAUAUGCCCGAAUGGAAGGGUAUGGAGUGGCCCUCUACCGCGAAUGCGGUGGCGUCUAAUGAGCUGAUUGGCGAGCUGAAUGCGUUGAAGAAGAGGCAUAUGGAUGGGAAGUGUUAUGGACUGCUGAGAGUGCUUUGUACGCUGCCGGAGUAUCGGGGGCUGGGAGUUGCGUCUGCGCUUAUUCAGCUUGGGCUUGACGAGGGCGUUAAGGAGGGUUUGAAGUUGUUUUGGCUUCAUGGCUCUGCUGAUGGGCAGGCGCUGUAUAGGAAAUUUGGGUUUGUGGAUGUUGAGGCGUUGGAGAGUGAUGUUUCGAAGUAUGGGGGUGUUGGGAAGACGAAUGUUAUUGGUAUGAGGAAGGUUGUGGAGUGA